AUGUUAGUCUCCGAAGCGCGGUCGAAACUACAACCAAAGCUACCACUAUCGUACAUCGGCAACGCACUGAUUCUCCACAAAGUAUACACCCCUCUCACGACGAAUGCAUUUUCCAUGACUGAUUCCAAUGAUAAAACUCACACCAAACCCUGUCGUGACCACGAUAUCAAACUCCUCGCAGAGCUCGCAAGUUCAGUCCAUGCUGCUCUAGGUUCUGUUGCCGACGAAACUAUUUGGGAACUCAUCUCAGCCAGCGCUGCGAGUGACGAGUGGGCUGCGAAUCCUCAUGCCAGGGACUUAUAA